AUGUCAACUGAAUCCCUUCCUAUAACCCCAGGAGCCUUUGCUGAAGCAAUCAAAGAGCUCCCCCUCGCAGUCCUCUACAGCAAAGUCUCCGAGCUCACAAACUCCAUCGCACACCUGCACCGCUCAAAUGCCGAGCUCCGCGCAUUCUUAGCAGAAAGCAACGACUCAGAAGAAGACAAGAAGGAGCUGGAGGGCUAUGUUGCUGAAAAUGAGGGCGUGGCGGUGUCCAUGAAUGAGCGGAUCUCAUUGCUGAAGACCGAGGUCGAGAAUCGUGGACAGCCUUGGAUUGAGCUUGAUGAGCUUAAGAUCGACAAGGGACAGGACGCUUCGACAGAUGUUCCGGUGACGAAUGGAAAUGCAACUGAAUCUGAGGCCGAGGCUGCGACUGGGGCUGGCGUUGGGGCCGAGACCGGUGCAGGACGGGAGUCCAAUGAUCGGGAGGAUAGGGAUGGGGUCUAUCUGUGA